CACGUAACAGCAAAAACACUAUUAAGCAAGAAGAUGAGCGCCCUAUUGAUGACUCUAUCAGUUGUACUAGCAGUAUCUACAUUGACUGGAUCUACUAACAAUUACUACAAUGAUCCUACAAGAUUCACAGAUUGCUCUGUUACUAAGAAAUUUGCAGAACUUACUAAUGCAACAUUAACUCCAUUGAUAUUGAAACGUGGGGAAUUAAGCUACUGGCAAGGAAUACUACAAACCAAGAGAACCAUACAAUGGGCUGUACUGCAUGCCAUACUGACACAUAACUUCAAAAAUUAUACUAAUAUUACUUUCAUUGAUGAGAAAUUUAAUUUAUGUGACUUCUUUGUUGAUGUAAUCCAGAAACAUUGUCCAUUACAACCAGGAAUAUAUCAUUGGAAAUUUAAUGCUACAGUACCAAAGCUCCUUUGGCCAGGUCAGUAUCAUGGCAAAGCUACAGUGUACAAUGAGAAAGGAGACGAAAUAAUAUGUAUAACAAAACAAUGCACUAUUGAUUAAUGAACACAUUAAUAUUGAUACAA